CAUAAGAUCAAAAUGCCGUGUGGCAUUCGCAUGAGUACCCAUCUGUCGUUUCUGUUGCUGAGCGCCAACUAUGGGGCGUUAUCUCAUUCCUCAGUCAUUGCUGGUUCUACAACUGAUUUCCCUGGCCUCUUUUGCCCGCGCCCAGCCAACCAGUCGCCGCGACAAUGCCAUAGGCGACAGCGGCGACGACUACGGCACCGUCACAUUUGUCUCCCGCCCUGACAUCGUCGCGCUUCAAUGGGAGCGGGCGGUAUACGAUGAAGAAGCUUUGGCUCCGGGAUAUUGGUUCGUGUCACCAUAUAAAAGCGUGGAGGUCCACGAGCGCCUCCCGUGGAUGGGGCCCCAGAUCUACGACUCUACCGGCGGCCUGAUCUGGAGCGGCGGCUCGAUGAUACAGAAUCGGAAUGCCUUCGACCUCCAAGUUCAGCAGGUGGCAGGAAAGCCAAUGCUCACCUUCAUGGCGCGUAACACGACGCUGGAAGCCAAGCCGCGUGCCCACUCGCCAUACAGCGACGACCACGCAGGUCACAUCCUCGACGAUUCGUACGAUCUCUACGAAACCAUUGCCAUGGCCGACGCCGAGGGCAAUUACAACAUGCACGAUUUGACCAUCCUAAACGAUGGAGAGCGCGCCCUCAUGUUGACGCACCAAACGCAGGGUGGGGACGACCCAGUCAUACUCCACUCCUAUGAAGGACCGUGUGAUAUUAUGUGGCAAGGAUUCAGGGAGGUGGACCUUGCCACCGGAAGAAACGUCUUUGAAUGGAACGCCAAGGGCCACAUCGAUCUCGCGGAGAGCAAUCAGAAAGACGACACCUGGGAAGCAAUGUGCGAGAAUGGGUUCGACAUCCUUCACCUGAAUUCCGUCGACCGAUUCGACGAUGGUGAUUACCUCCUCUCCGCCAGACACACCGAUACCAUCUACAAAAUCUCGCACGUGGAUGGCUCGAUUGUAUGGCGACUCGGCGGGCGCCAAAGCGACUUCCAAUCCCUCGACAUGGGCGCCAACUUUACACGGCAGCAUCACGCCAAGUUUCGAGGCACGAGUGGUCCGUGGACGUGGAUCUCACUCUUCAACAACGCCGCCGGCUCCGACGAGAGUCCCGGGAGUUGGCCCAGCAGCCCGUCUUCCUCCAGUCUGGUCCUCGCCUUGCGCACGGAUGUGCAGCCCAUGACCGUGCAGCUAGCUGGACGAUAUGAGCAUCCAGACGGCAGCACUACAGCGGCCCGAGGCAGUGUUUCCUUGUUGGAAAACGGCAAUGUAUUCACGUGUUGGGUGAUCUCCAUGACCUUGUCCGAGCACAGCUUUGAUGGCCGGCUCCUGAUGAAAGCACGCGCGCGGAUGGCCGGCGCCAAUACCUACCGUGCGUUCAAGUCGCCAUGGGUGGGUCGACCAUCACGGCCGCCAGACGUUCUCUCCGUCGCCACGACGACGGUGCUCGAACGCCUGACGACAUUGGAACACGGCUUCCUGAAGUUGACCAAGCGGGAUCACAUGACGAUUACGGAUCCGAAUCACCUGACAACCUUGGUUCACGUGAGUUGGAAUGGUGCAACGGAGGUCACGACCUGGCGCCUGCUGCGUACCGACGCGGCCGGCAAUUUUCUCGACCCGAUUGCCUCUGUCGCGCGUCAAGGCUUUGAGACUGCCAUUUCCUUUCAGGGGUUCGCGGAGCAUGUCGUUGUCGUAGCUAUGGACCUUGACGGGGUGGAGAUUGGAAGAUCAAACGUCGUGCAGACGACACUGCCAGCCGAAGUGGAGAGUCUGUCAGCGACGGAAAGGGCGCAAUGGAUUCAAAAGCAUUCCUCGACAUCCCCGCCAACCUGGCCGUCGCUGGUGAUGGUGGCUGUGAUGUCCGGACUGCUGUUCACAUGCUGUGUACUGGUAGUGUGGCGCACAGAUACCAUCCGGAGGAGACUACUGUGGUGGCGAUCUACAGAAUCUGCAUACGCGCCUGUUGCUGAGACGGACGACGAACGCGCCUUCGAGAAAGUCGAUGGCGGGUAGUCCUGCAUCAUCUCGCUAGAGUGGAUAUUGCUUUCCAUUUCGUCGCCAUCCAUUUGGCCCCUCGUUCGUCCAACACGAACGCGAGUGAGGCCGAGUUGGCUACGGGUGAAGCCUGAUGGCCAAAUCUAUUGUACUCUCUCCGCUGCCCACUACC